AUGUGCAAGCGAAAGUUGAGACUAACUGAGCUUCACGACAUCACGUUGAAACCGAGAGAGGUCAAGUUGCUCGAAGAAACGACAACAUCGACAACGCAUGAGCCCAAAGACAAGAACGCAAGAACCAAUGGCAUUUACUCACAGUUUGGCUCUGAGAAGAUUGCUCAAAUCAAGGAUAUCGAGUUAGCGGGCCUAUCGUAUGGCAGCAAAGUGGACUCGAUCGUGCGCCAUAUCAUCUGGCUGAGGAAGACCGAUCCUGGUGCCAAAUCAAUUAUUUUUACUCAAUACCGCAGUUUCUUGGGCGUCCUGAGCGCCGCUUUCUUCCGCUACAAGAUAGGCUUUGCGUCCAUUGACUCGUCAACCGGGAUCCAGAGAUUCAAGGAAGAUCCGGGCGUUGAAAUAUUCAUGCUCCACGGACGGGCACAGUCUAGCGGUCUCAACUUGGUGAACGCGAGCCAUGUAUUCCUCUGCGAACCACUCCUAAACACGGCCCUCGAGCUCCAAGCUAUUGCGCGAGUCGACCGAAUUGGGCAGAAGCACGAGACAACGGUGUGGUUGUACUUGAUUGAAGGGUCAGUUGAAGAAUCCAUUUACAACCUAUCAGUCAAACGGAGGAUGGAGCACAUGGGCAAAAACUCGAAAGGGAAAGGAAAGGAAUCCACCCCCGAGGUGGCAGAGCCUACACUAGAGGCUGCGAACACGCUCGAACUCGAGAUUGCUUCUCUCAAUCAUCUCAUGAGCAAAGACAAGAAUGCGGGAGAAACGGUAGAAGCGGGUGAUCUUUGGGAAUGUUUGUUCGGAAGCGUUCCUAAACGCAUUACGGCGAGUGUGGCGGAAGGCAUCAUUGCCGACAGUAGAGAGGAUUAG